AUGGAUUGUGGAACUGGACAAGCUUCAUACGGAACUUUACAGAGAAGUUGUCUCACAUCUGUAGCAUACAAAGCUGGCAUCAGAAAGAGACCACGAUCUGGCUUACAAGACAAAACUAAUAUAUGCAGUUUUAUUGAUCAUCUGGAUGAGGAUUUACAUAGUGAUGCAUUUCAAGAGCAAAUUAGUGGUAAUGAAAGUGAAGAGGAUUGUAAUGCAGUAGCUUAUGAUUCAGACUUUGAAGAUAGAUUUGACGAAAUUUUACAAGCAGAUCAUGACUGUAGUUCACAAGAAAACACAGAUUCAGAAUCGGAUCAAGAAAUUGAAGUAGUUGAUUUAACAGUCAAUAACGAGUCAAAUACCAUGCCGUCCAGGAACAGAGUUAAAUCUCUAGCAUCACUUUUUGAAGAAGCAUUUCGUGCUACUGAAAAACCAGCUAAAAGAACUGGACCAAAAGAAGAUGAUUAUAUAGAUGAAGGGGAUGCUACUUUCACAUGUACUUACUGUGGAGCUAUUAUGUGGUUUGGUGAACGCUUAAAUAGGCGUCUAAAAACACGCAACCCUAAGUUUGCUCUCUGUUGUAUGCAAGGACAAGUGCAGUUACCAUUACUGAAACAACCACCAGAAGUGCUUAGAAAUUUACUGAAUGGAGAUGAUAAAUUAAGCAAGCAUUUUCAGAGAAACACAAGAGCUUACAACAUGGUGUUCUCAUUCACUUCACUUGGUGGAAAGGUUGAUAGAGCUGUUCGAAAAGGAAAAGGCCCAAACAUGUUGGUACUUCAAGGGGAGAAUUACCAUUUAAUUGGUAGUUUACAACCACCUACUGGAAAUAAUGCUAAGUUUGGACAGCUUUAUAUCGUUGACACUAAAAAUGAAACAGAAAAUCAAACUAAUGCUUUAAGCAAAGGGGGGCAAGCGAAAGCUUAUAAAAAACGUGAUGGACUUAAGAAGGAGAUCAUUGACCUUCUGAUAAAGAUGCUGAAUGAGACCAAUCCUUACGUUAAACAGUUCAGAUCAGCAAAAGAUCGUUUCAACAUCAAUCCUAAAGACUCUUUUCACAUGAGGAUAGUCAGUGAUAGAGCAAAGGAUGGAAGAACCUAUGACACACCCACAGCAUCAGAAGUGGCUGCACUGGUUCCUGGAGAUUUUAGUCUGGACAUGGAUAAAAGAGAUAUUGUUCUUCAACAGAAAUCAGGCAAGUUGCUAAGGAUCGAUGAAAUACAUGCUUCAUAUCUUGCACUUCAGUAUCCUCUUUUAUUCGUACAUGGAGAGGAUGGUUUCAGGCUUGAGAUAAAGAAAGGAAGGUUGUUUCAGCAGUUUGUUGUGGAUGCCUACACAACUAUAGAAUCUAAUCGCCUACGCUAUCUGAAGACUCACCAGACAAGUUUGCGUUCUGAUACUUAUGACUCUAUCAAAGAGUCUGAAAAUGCUGGCAGGAUUGAUAUGGCCGAGCAAGGAUCUUCGUUUCUCUUACCAGCUACGUUCACUGGUGGUCCUAGAUAUAUGAAAAACCUCUAUCUGGAUGCAAUGACUAUAUGUAAGCAUUUUGGUUUUCCAGAUCUUUUCAUCACUUUUACAUGCAAUCCUAAAUGGCCAGAGAUCACAAGACAUCUUAAGAGCCGAAAGUUAAAGGGAGAGGACAGAUCAGACAUCAUUUGCAGGAUGUUCAAAAUGAAACUGGAUUCACUGAUGGAUGAUUUAACUAAGAAAAAUAUCCUUGGCAAAACUCUAUGUACACAAUUGAAUUUCAGAAACGUGGUCUACCACAUGCUCACAUUCUCCCAUUUAUGCAUCCUACAGCCAAGUUCAGCUGAGAUUCCUGAUAAGUCUCAAGAACCAGAGCUGUACGAUAUCGUCAAGGAUAUGAUGAUUCAUGGACCAUGUGGAGCUGCUAAUAUGAAAUCUCCUUGCAUGGAAAAUGGGAAAUGUUCUAAGCUUUACCCGAAAUCAUUUGCUGAUAAGACAACAGUGAGUAAAGAAGGAUUUCCGAUUUACCGUAGAAGAGAAGAUACUGAUCGUUUUGUAGAGAAGAAUGGGGUGAAAUGUGACAACAGAUUUGUUAUUCCUUAUAACAAGAAACUAUCUCUACGUUAUCGAGCUCAUAUUAAUGUAGAGUGGUGCAACCAGGCUGGUUCUAUAAAGUACUUAUUUAAGUACAUUAAUAAAGGAAGUGAUCGUGUGACAGUUGCUGUGGAACCACCAGAUCACAUGGUUGCAGACGCGCUUGGUUGUCCAGAAGGAGAAGUGGACCCAAAAAAAAGGAAUGAAUUUAAGGAGUUCUUUGAUUGCAGAUAUGUUUCUUCGUCUAAAGGAUCAUGGAGAAUUUUUAAGUUCCCCAUUCAUUACAGGUCUACUGCAGUUGAGAAGCUUAAUUUCCAUCUUCCAGCAUGGUUUGAGUUGUGUAAAGUUGAUGAUCUGGCUAAAACUCUCACAUAUGCUCAGAUUCCUAACUUCUUUACAUAUUCAAAGAGGCAGAAGAUGUUCAUAAGACGAAAAAGGGGAUUCAGUGUUGGCCGAAUCAACUAUGCUCCACGUAAUCAAGAACAUGCUUAUUAUCUCCGUGUGUUGUUGAACUAUGUGAGAGGUCCUACGAGUUACGAUGACAUCAAAACAUUUGAAGGUGUUGUUUAUCCAAGCUACAAAGAUGCAUGUUAUGCUCGAGGAUUGUUAGAUGAUGAUCAAGAGUACAUUGAUGAUAUUCUGAGGAGAAGCUAUGAAAGCACAGGAGCUGAACUAAGACAGUUGUUUGUUAUGAUGCUCAUGAACAACAGUUUAUCUGGACCAGAGGACGUUUGGGAGAAGACUUGGGAAUGUCUUUCAGAUGAUAUUGAGCAUCACAAGCGUAACACUUUCAAUAGGCCAGGACUAUUGUUAAGUGACGAUGAAAAAAAGAAAUUCGCUUUGCUGGAGAUUGAAAAGAUUCUGAAGCGUUGUGGGACUUCUUUGAAAAAAUAUCCUUCUAUGCCACAGGUAGCAAAUACACAUAGUAAGGAUUCAAAUGUCUUGAUAUUAGACGAGAGAAGCUAUGAUCAUGAGGCUUUGUUAGAAACUCUGGAUAGAGAUAUUCCAAAGAUGACUCCAGAGCAAAGAAAAAUAUAUGAUGAAAUCCUAGAUGCUGUUAACAAGGAAAGAGGUGGAAUGUUUUUUGUGUCUGGAUUUGGUGGCACUGGGAAAACUUUUCUCUGGAAAUUACUAUCUGCAGCCAUUAGAUCGCGAGGAGAUAUUGCUCUUAAUGUUGCAUCGAGUGGGAUUGCUUCUUUGUUGUUACAAGGUGGUAGGACUGCUCAUUCAAGGUUUGGGAUACCACUUAAUCCAGAUGAGUUUUCUUCGUGUACUAUAGCUCAUGGAUCAGAUCAAGCUAAUUUGGUGAAAGAGGCAUCACUGAUUAUAUGGGAUGAAGCCCCCAUGAUGAGUAGGUAUUGUUUUGAGGCACUAGAUAGAAGCUUAUCUGAUAUUAUUGGGAAGCAGAGCGACAAGCCUUUUGGUGGAAAGGUUGUAGUUUUCGGAGGAGAUUUCAGACAAGUGCUCCCAGUAAUAAAUGGCGGUAACCGAGCUGCCAUCGUUAUGGCUUCAAUGAAUUCUUCUUAUCUGUGGGAGCAUUCUGAAGAGUCGAAUGAUCUAAAGGAAUUCUCUGAGUGGAUCUUAAAGGUUGGUGAUGGUACACUUGGAGAGCCUAACGACGGAGUAGCUGAGAUCGAGAUCCCCUCUGAAUUUUUGAUUACUGAUUCUGAUGAACCAAUAGAGGCCAUUAGCAAGGCAGUGUACGGAGAUCCUUCUUCAUUAAAAGGAAACAAAGAAGCUAAAUUUUUCCAAGAGAGAGCCAUUUUGUGUCCAACCAAUGAGGAUGUUAACAUGAUCAAUGAUUACAUGUUGGAUAAGCUGGAUGGUGAGGAAAUGAUUUAUCUUAGUGCAGAUAGUAUUGAUCCUACUGAUACAAAAGCAGUGAAUGAUGAAGCACUUGACUCAGAUUUUCUAAACAAUAUUAAAGUCUCUGGAUUGCCGAAUCAUAGACUUCGCCUGAAAGUUGGUUGCCCAGUUAUGGUUCUCAGGAAUGUUGAUCCUCCAGAAGGGUUAAUGAAUGGAACAAGGCUACAGAUUACUCAGCUGAUGGAAUUUAUGGUUGCCGCUAAGAUUAUCACUGGAUCUAAUGUUGGGAAGACAGUAUAUAUUCCUAGAUUAUUGAUAAUACCAUCUGAUACGAGACUGCCUUUCAAAAUGCACCGAAGGCAAUUGCCUUUAGCUGUUGCUUUUGCUAUAACAAUAAACAAAAGUCAAGGGCAGUCUCUCUCAGAAGUUGGACUCUUCCUACCCAGACCUGUGUUUUCACACGGACAGCUCUACGUAGCUAUUUCCAGGGUCACAUCGAAGAAAGGAUUGAAAAUUCUUAUUGUGGACAAAGAUGGAAAACCUCAGCGUAAGACCGUCAAUGUUGUUUUCAAAGAGGAUUUCAAUAAUCUAUAA